AACAUAUGUCGAAUCUUGACAAUAUCGUAUGUGUUGACAAAUAACAGCACCAAUGAAUAACCAAAAUGUUGCGUUCUGUUUAAUUUAUAAUUAAGAAUGACUAAUAACAGGAUCCCUCUGUUAGAAGAAUACAGAUUAAUCGAAAGGAGAGAACAUGAGAUAAAUGGCGCCUGGAAAGGCGCACACAUUCUCCUAUUCUUCCUGGCCUUUAUAUUCGGUUGCUUCUGCACGUUUUGUUUCCACAUGCUGAUGUACAUGUUCGACGAGAAAUGCGUUUUAUUCCCGAAGCUCCAGAGCCUUACCUCUCUACGGCAUAACGUCAUCUAUGAAUUCGUCCCUGUGGGAGCUAAUGCUAGUGAUAUGCCCGUGGACUUCCUUAGUACGCAAUGGGUAGAAAAAAGUGCGUGUUACUUGCCAACCUACGUUCCUCUUGUGUCGGGCAUCUUCGGCCUCGUGUGGACCACCAUGUUCCUCAUGUGCUCCACUGGCAGCCGUACUUUAUCAGGUUUGCAGCGGCCCUGGCGCAUUUUGCCUCCAGUGUUCGUAUUCUCUCUGGCGAUGGGCGGGGUCUGCAUCUACUCGUCGUCACUCACUCACAACGGUCUGGAGGAACUCUGUCUGAAGCUCAGUGAGAUCACCGGCAGCCCUACUUGUUCUUACACUGUGAACGUUGCUACCUUGGUAUAUGAGCGCCGCAUCAGAGGCGUAUACCAAGCUACGCGGCUCACCAUACUGUCCGCUUGGUUGCAUACCAGCUGCUGGCUUCUGUCCGCUAUACUGGCCUUGGUCAGAGUCAUCAUGGUCGUCGACUUCCAGCUCGUCAGAGUCAACGUCGACCUCAUUGGAGACGCUGACAAAAUGCUGGAACAAAAAGAAACACAUGUCCGUACAGUUUCUCCAGAUCGUUGGAUCUACACUUCUGACAUAUCACUAACCUCACUGGUAUCAACAGCUACCAAUAAAGUCCAGUUUAAGGAUACGGAUAUGGCUACUGACAAAAGAGAUGCUGAUGCUACCAAUUUGAUGUUUAUGUUGUAUUAUGAUGAAAAAGGAUCAGUUAAUCAAGCAACUUCUGACGUGUCGUUGGUACCAGAAGAGAAAUUCCGAUUGGAAAAACAGCGGGUACUUCUGUCAGUUAAGAAAGAGCACUAUUUUAUUGUCAAAAUGGUUUUUGAUCUUGUUGAAAAUAUCAGUCUGCCGAGAUCAUCUACGCCGAGCUCCGCUACGGAAUCUCCACCGAGCCUUAUCCUGGAAGUAGUACGUCAGUACGGACACUCAAAAAUCGAGUCAUUGAGUAAUCACAAUUUCGUAAAGAAAAUGUCAGAAUAUAGCGAGGAUAAAAUAGAAAGUUCUAAUGAAAAUACAAGUGAAAGUGGAAAUAUUCCUCAAUAUGAAGGUACAAAAUGUUCCACGUCAAAUGUAAAUAUAACAGAAUCAAUGAGGGGAAAAUUAUCUAGGAAAUAUAAAAACCAAAAUUUAGGGGCCGGGACAAGCCAGUAUCGAAAAAAAUCUAAUUUGAAACACGUAUCUAUCCAGACUGAACAGAGGCGUAAAAAACUUGUGGAAAAGAAGUCUACUACCCAAAAAGUUCAGAUCACAGAGCCGAAAGAUGGCGCAAGCGACGCUGAUUCGUCUUCAGAUAAUUCCGACGAAAAAGCAAAUAAGAAAUCUCAAACACGUAAAAAAGAAAAACAAGAUUAGGAACGAACUAAUUAUUCAUAGAAAUUUGUAGGUAUAUCCUUAUUUUUUGUAUAUCCUACGGGAAUGACUGUAGUCUUUUGAUAUUUUGAAUGCACAUAAAUCUACGUUGUACAUUUAGAGCUAAAAAUAAUGAGUCUUUUAUUUCCUUAUUUGUUUGAAGGAGGAUUUACCUUAUAUCUCCAUAAUUGGAAGCAUAGCAUAAUCAAAAUUUAAUCUAAAAAUAAUAUUAAUUAUUCACAGAGACUUUAUUAUCGCCUCCUCUGACAUAUUAUUUAAAUUAACGUAGGUAGGUUUACUUAGGAAAUACAGUUAUAAAUUGCAAUAAAAUAACCUUGGUUAAAAU